AUGGUCAAGGAACUAUUGUUACUAGUGUUCGUCAAUCUUGUCCUUGGAAAAAAUGACUUGGGAUAUAACGAAAAUACGGCAAAGAAGUUGUUGGUACUCUCAGCUGGUGCUUACUCAAAAGAUCCGGCCGUUUGUCUACAAAGUCAUUUUGAUGUCGUAGAGGUAUUUAGUGUUUUUGGACCUUUAAUAGAACGUCUGUAUGGAAUCAUUUUUACAAACUAAAAUUUUUUAGAUGGUUGAUGAAGUUACCGUGGACUGUGGAAGGAUCUUUGACCAUGACUGCUUUGGCUAUGUUGCAUUGUUGCACAAGAAAAAAGCGUUGGCCAUCGGUUUCCGGUAAGAUUUUUCGUAGUUCGUAGAUGAUUUUCUUGACUUUCCAAUUGUUAUUCUUAAUAUUUUGUUGCCACACUACGCUGAAUAUUCUUAUUCUGUAAUUUUUAGCGGCUCAACCAGCGCAAUUCAGCUUCUAACACAAGCCACCAGCGCUUUAGGGCAUAAAGUCCCAUUUCUGGAAGAUAUGGGAAAAAUCAACCGGUAUUUCCACCACGCAUACAAACUACUGUGGGAGAGGAUGGAAGACAAAAUUACAGAUUCAAUCAAAAAGUAUCCGGAUUAUAAAGUUUGGAUCUCUGGCCAUUCUUUGGGAGGAGCCUUGGCAUCGCUAGUUUCGGCUACUUUGGUGCGAAAUGAGAUUGUAAAACUGGAACAAACCGAGAAUUAUAGCUUUGGGUGAGUUUGUAGUAACUUUUUUGUGACCCUCUACAACUUCUUUUCAAACGUGUCAUUUUAGGCAGCCUCGAGUUGGCGAGAUUGUAUUUGCUUCGAGAUUCAAGGAAGUAAUUCCGAACUAUUUUCGCAUUGCGCAUGCCAAAGAUAUUGUAACUUAUUUGUUCCCGAGGAAGUUUGGCUAUAGACAUUUUCCAAAUGAGGUAGGUUAUUGUUGUAAUCAAAUUCCAAAGUUUACUAUAAAAGGGUACACAAAGGGGUAGACAUAGCAUGUUUCGAGAGAUUUUUGCGGCUCGAUGGAAACUCAGCCGAGCCUAGUUAUUUAUGGUAGUGCAUCUGUCAAUAAUUUUUAGCAAUUAAAUCUUGUGUCUACAUUUACGAUCUGUGACUUUCAGGUUUGGUACCCCAGUGACAUGACCUCGAACACGACCUAUUCGAUUUGUAAGGACUUCACGGAUCCGGAAUGUCACGACGAAAGUAAUCGAGACAAUGUUGAAGACCAUCGGAUGUAUUUUGGAGUCCAUGUUGGAAGAUAUGGAAAAGCCGGAUGCCCAUUGUUGAAUUUGAACACAACUGAUGAAGUUGAGCUUAGUGUAGCCCCUACCAGCAUUGGGAAGAGAAUCGAAAAUUCAAUUUUGGCAGUAAUCGCAACUUUCGUUAGUUGGCUUUUUAUGGAGUGA